AUGUGCGGCCCAGAAAACACAAACAGACCUCGAGGCGGCGCUCUCGCCGCUCUCAAUCCUCCCAACAACUCUAUCUCAUCCAAUAUUUGCGGUGAUCUCGCUUUUCACACUCCCGGAAGUCCUUCGAGCUCAAGAGCAACACACGCAAGACUCACACCAGGUGAAGAGUGCAGUAUCAAGGGCUUCUCUGACUUAUACGUUGUUAUUCACUCUAGUGGUGACUUGACAAGAAACGCCAACGAAUGUGGACUCUUCCGCCAAUUUUCCCUCCAAACGCCUCCGACGUCUCGCGAGUACGUCGAGUUGCCACUUCAAGGGCCAUUAUCACUUGAGGUUGGCGGUGAUGGGAUCAUAGGAAGACGUGUUUCAGUAUACUCAAGGCUGGCCUCUGGAGACAAGAUCGUUGCUGAAGGUAUCGUCGGCUUCAAUUUCAUGAGCCAAGCAGCACCUGAAGAAACGUCUUGUCCAUCGUCGCCUUCUCCAUCGCUGUAG